AUGUCUUUAAUAUUAUACUUUUCUCCUUCAUCCCCCCCUUCCAGAGCAGUCCGUUCAUUACUUCUCUUGUCAAAGGUUAUAUUUUAAGGAAAGAUUGUUGAUUUAAUGAAAGUAGAACACAAAACUCCUGAAUAUUAAUACAUCAAUCCAAAUUAAUAUUUGCCAGUAUUGAUUGAUGGAUCAUUAAAACUUUUUGAAAGCCAUGCAAUACUAAAAUAUCUAGCAUCAAAAAAGAAAUUGACAUAAUUUUAUCCAAAAGUAUUAGAAAUUACUAAAUAAUAAGGAUAUCCAAAACAGAGCAAGAGUUGACUGUUAUUUAGAUUGGAGUUAAACAGGAUUAAAUGUUAUAGAAACAUAUACAAAUUAAUGUUACCUAUUUCCAAUGUUGAUGAAAAAACCCAUUCCAUAAAAUAAAGAAUAAAUGUAUCAAGAUACAAUUGAGACUCUUAAAUUCUUUGAAUCCAUUUUUUUUUAGGGAAGAUACAUAUAAAAUCAACCAUCAAUAACAAUAGCUGAUUUAAAGUACUUAUAUAAUAUAUUGGAAGAUGUAUUGCUGAUUUGACCCAACUACUUUUGACAAACUUAGAUUUCAAUCAAUUUCCAAAAAUUAGAAACUAUCUAUAAGAAAUGUUCUCAAUUCCAGAAAUAAGAGAAGCAUAUGCUGAAUAUUUGGAUAUNUCUAUGUUAUGGGAUCAAAUUUGCAAAAAUGGCAUUGAUCAUGUUACUGAAUGGUUUAUACGUCUUUUGACUACCAAUGAUACUGUUAUUACAUAUUAAAGUCAUCAGUUUAUUAAACUAGAAACUGUAUAAAUACUUUAUGAAGUACUAUAUAUUAAUACAAUAUAGUUAUCUAAUACUAAAAUCAUGUCAAAUAUUGAUAUUUAGUAAUUUGUUGAUCUAUUAUAAUAAGCAGGAGAAGAAGCAGGGCUGAUGUCUUUAGAUCAAGAAGAAUUAGAUGAGUUUGUUCCUUUGGAAAUCUGUAGUGAAUUCAUUAAAAACUUUUUAAAUGGAUUCAAGACCUUAAUGUUAGAAAUAGGUUUUUCAAAUAAUGGAAAAUGA